UCAGAUCGGAGCUUGAUGCGACGGUCUCGGAGGGUCUCGUGGGAUCCAGAAAAGGUCUGCGAAAUCGGUUCACCAUCUGGCUGUCGCUGAUGUACCGGUGCUGUCUGGCUCUUUGCGCUGCAUGGCUUCCCGCCAGUGCUGUGCGGCCAGCGCGUUCGCCGUAUGAUGAAGUGUCAUCGCUCUCUGUCUUGGAGAAGGAUGGCUUCCAGCGCAGCCGGCGGAUGCUGAGGCGGCUGAGAGAAGCCUUUGGCCCGGAGGAUGUGGAUGAGGCGGCGGGAAUCUCGGAGCUGACCUUCUAUGUCGCCAACAUGACCAAGGAGAAGUGCGAGGAAUUGAAGCAGCACAAAGACAAUGAGAAAGCUGUCGAGCUGUUGGAGAAGAUGAAGGAGGUUUGCGAGGAAGAGAAGACUGACGGCGUGGUGAGUAAGCUUCAAGCGAAGGUGUCAGACCCCUUUGUUGCUCAAUUCCUUUGUGGUGGCUUGAAUUUCUUCACGGUGAAAGAAAUGACCUACACUGAGCUCUUGCAGUGCCAAUUUGCCGCCCAUGACGUGCUCGGUGGCCUGGUGGAGUGUGGAGAGGCUGCGAAGACCAAGAACGCGGCCCUCUUCGCGCUAAGGUUCAGCUUGUAUGCCAUCAAGGUCUCAGCCAUAUUCCUGCCACUGCUCCCGCCGCUGGGGCUGCUGAUCCACAAGGCAGCAGACCUGGCUUUGGCAAGGCUGAGCAAGGAGGUAGAAAAUCAGCUGGAUGCCCUCGAGAAGAAGAUGGAUGCCAAGAUGCAAGCGAUGCUCACGGAGGAGCUCUUAAGACUGGGGACCGCGCAAGCAAGAGCAGCGGAAGAACAGGUGCAAGAGAUGUCGAUCCUAGAUGCUUUAUGGAGCGACAUCCUAGAGCAUUCUGCAACCAGCAAAGACUCAGCCAAAUUUGCUGCUGCGAUGGCACAUGCCAGUAGCUUUAACCGUUGGGCGAUCAUUGAGCAGGAUCUCUCCACAAGCUCAGAAAUGCUUCGGCCAACGAGUUCCAUGGUGAACGUGCAGGACCGGGCUGACUUCGCACGACUGCUGAAGACUCAACUGGAGAUGUAUAUACUGGUCUUGUCUCACAUGUACCGCUCGGCACAGGAAAGUCGACACGCUCAAAAGUUCCAAACGACGCUGAUGACCAAGGCACAGCGCAUGGCGCGGAUGUUGCUUCCCGAGCUGCUGUUGUUGAAACGCACAUCUCCGGAUGAUCUCAAGCAACGGACAUUGGAAGUGCUCAACAGCCCUCUUCUAUUGCCCGCAAAGUCAGAGACCUGCAAAGAGAUGUUUUCGAAGGAGGAGUUCUACUUUGAGUACAUGGUCACCUGCAUAUGGUUUCCACUGAUUCAUGUGGCAGGCCCAGAAGCAAGUGGGAAUUCCAGCUAUGCUUGGCCUCUGACAGUUGGCGGUGUGAUUGAACCAAUCUCAAAGUCAAAAGACAGAUGCAUUUUGUAUCCUGAUGACUCACUCUUCAACGCACAAAAGGCGGAUCGAACCAAAGGCUACAAUGUCACGUGCGAUGGUGACGACAUUAUUGAAGAGCUGCAUCAGAAGUACGCGAAUAAUGCUGUGAGGAAGGAUAAAGAAAGCAUUCAUUUCUGGUGUGGCCAGCGCUGGAGAGAGCAUGGCAUCACCCUUUUCCCAGGCAAGCCACGCAUCGGCUGCGUCGAAUGCAGUUUCUCUAAGAAAAAGGUUGCCAACAAGCAAUACAACGGUGUGAAAUGAGUUUGGCCCAAUCCACCAACGAGAUGGCAAUUCCAUCUCCUUUCAUUUUGCCAGAUGUUUUGCAUCUUUCAUCUUUCACACUUACUGUGAGUCGAAUGGGAACCAGCCAUCUUCGGCACCAGAGACUGUCAGGGAUGGUCCGAACUGGACGGUUUCGGAUGCCGAUGUAUGCCGCGCUUUUCGGAGGCACCGUUUUCCAGACCCCAGGUCUGUGCCUUGACUUUGUGAGAUUCUUCCAAUACGAGACUUUGGCGGUAUUGACUGCUGUGGAGUUCGACGAGGUGACAAAGGGCCAGCGCACAGGCAUCAAGAGCAGCACUUGCCGAUUGGCAUAUCGCUCAUCUGAGAAGCUGUAUGGUAUCCCUAAAGACUGGUCGAAGCUCACGCAUGAACUGCAUACCGACAAGGUGGAAACUCUUUGCGAGUAUUUGGAUCGCUUUGAGGUGGUCAGAGGCAUUCUCAUGUAGCUGCGAAGCAGAAAGUGCCAAGCAUUUCACAGGGAUUCGUUGGGCACGUCAGAGGAAAAAGAGAUGGCUCAUGGGGAUGUGUCUCGCGGGGUCAAAGAAAGGCACAGAGUUGCCUCUCC